AACCGUGGAGGGGGUCAGAGCUGUGUAACCGAAAUUAAAUAAAUAUAUCACACUCGCUGUAGUCAUAAAGUUAGUCUAGGUUUCUUCACCCACCAGGUCACGGCCGUUUCAAUGGCCAAAAAUCGGAACGUGUCGCUCCUUGAGUCGGAGCUCUAUUUCUUAAUCUCCCGGUUUCUAUCGACGGGUCCGUGUCGAGGAGCGGCUGAGGUUCUAGCGAACGAGUUAGAGGAAUAUCAGCUUUUGCCGAGCAGAUUGGACUGGCAGGGAAACGAACACCCAAGAACAUACGAAGAUUUGGUUGCAUCCAACAGACAUAUUGCACCAGAUCAUUUGCUUCAGAUAUGUAAACAGAUUGGACCACUUCUUGACAAAGAGGUGCCAUCAUGUGUCCCAGGUGUACAUUCUUUGCUGGGCUCUGGGAAGCAGUCUAUGCUUCGGAAAGCAAAAGACUGCAACACUGUCUGGUUGAAGUCUUCUUCAUAUGCAGCCCUUCACAGGGGCAGACCACCAGAGAGGCCUUUGAACUGCAAGAACCCUCGACACAUAGUGGAGGUCAUCAGAGGGAGAGCGCUAACAGGAACUCAACACUUCGGAUCCAUCAAUCCCGUUGGCAACUAUCAGCACAUGAGACUGCACAGGCGAAUCCUGGGGCAUCUCUCUGCAGUGUACUGUAUUGCAUUUGAUCGGACUGGUCUCAGGAUCUUCACCGGCUCAGAUGACUGUUUGGUGAAGAUAUGGUCUUCGUUUGAUGGAAGGCUCCAUUCGACACUGAGAGGACAUUCGGCAGAGAUCACAGACCUGGCGGUUAGUUACGAGAACACGCUGAUUGCUGCUGGUAGCUGCGACAAGACCAUCCGUGUGUGGUGCCUUCGUACCUGUGCCCCUGUGGCUGUACUUCAGGGACACAGUGGAUCCAUUACCUCCCUACAGUUCUCACCAUUUGCCAAGGGCUCAAAACGUUACAUGCUGUCCACUGGAACUGAUGCUACCGUCUGCUUCUGGCAGUGGGACGUCAAUAACAUCAACUUCAGUGAUCGUCCUCAUAAGUUUACUGAGAGACCAAGACCAGGAGUUCAGACUGUGUGCUCCUCCUUCAGUCCUGGUGGUAUGUUCUUGGUGACAGGAAGUACUGAUGAUGUUAUCAGAAUAUAUUAUCUAGGAUGUGGAAAUCCAGAAAAGAUAUCAGAGCUUCAUGACCACACGGACAAAGUUGACAGCAUCCAAUUUUGCCACUUCGGAGAAAGGUUUGUGAGCGGCAGCCGUGAUGGAACAGCACGGAUCUGGAGGCUCCAUCAGCGUCAGCAGUGGAGGUGCAUCGUGCUCAACAUGUCCUCCAGUCUUCCAGGUGCUGAACAAAUGACUGAAGAAGAGAGCUACUUCAAGCCCAAGGUCACCAUGGUGGCCUGGGACCGCCAUGACAGUACUGUCAUCACAGCUGUCAACAACCACCUCCUCAAAGUGUGGAACUCCUGCACAGGACAACUGCUUCAUAUACUUAAAGGCCAUGAAGCUGAGGUGUUUGUCUUAGAGCCCCACCCUUUUGACCCCAGGAUUAUUCUCUCGGCUGGUCAUGAUGGGAAUGUCUUUAUAUGGGACCUGCAGCGAGGAACAAAGACACAGCACUACUUCAAUAUGAUCGAGGGACAGGGUCAUGGAGCCGUGUUUGAUUGCAAGUUCACCCCUGAUGGGCAGCGCUUUGCCUGCACCGACUCCCAUGGCCAUCUGCUCAUCUUUGGUUUUGGCAGUUCCAAGCCCUAUGAGAAGCUUCCUGACCAGGUGUUCUUCCACACUGACUACAGACCGCUGAUCCGGGAUGCUAAUGGUUUUGUGCUGGAUGAGCAGACACAGCAGGCACCACACCUCAUGCCUCCGCCCUUUUUAGUGGAUGUGGAUGGGAACCCCCACCCACCCGGGUUCCAGCGACUCGUCCCAGGCCGGGAGAACAUUUCAGCGGAACACCUGGUACCUCAGCUGGGAUAUGUAGCCACCAGUGACGGUGAAGUGGUGGAGCAGGUCAUCAGCCAGCAAACAGCAGAGCAUGAAGAGGCUGCAACCAGACGCAACAGCAUUCUUGAUGAAGCCAUCAGACAGCUCCAGGAGCGGCAAGACCGCCAGAACCGGACUGGGGCAGUUGUAGAGGCUGCAGCAGGGGUACAAGGGCAGGCUGAUGCCCCAGUCCCAGCACCAAGUACCCCACGCAGAGUGUCUGUGAAUGAUCGUGCUGAAGUGCAGUCUCCCCCAAAUGUGGGUCUGCGUCGCAGCGGGCAGGUUGAGGGUGUACGGCAAAUGCAUCAGAAUGCUCCUCGGAGUCAGAUGGCCACUGAGAGAGACCUGCAGGCCUGGAGACGCAGAGUGGUGGUACCAGAUCUCCCACUCAGCAGUUACAGGAAUCAGGAGGAUUUUCGGACUGCAAAAGGAGAGGAGGAAAUUGUUCUCUACAAUGCAAAGAAGAGACGUGUGACCUAUGGGAGUUGCCGGGAUGAUUCCGAUGAUGAGCUCCCCAUGGUGAAGAGAGCCCAGGCCCACAAGAAACAGAGACAUGAAGCUCUUUCUGGCUCGCAGAGUGAUUUUUUGGAAUUUAUUGACUUGUCAUGUGAAGAAGGAGAGGAGACGGCAACCUCAGAGGACAAUGAGUUGGAUGGUAGCGAACUGGACUCAUCCAUAGAUGAGGAGGAAUGGCGGAGUGACUCCUCAAGCCACUCAUCGAGUGAAUACUCGGAUUGGACGGCAGAUGCUGGUAUCAACCUGCAGCCUUCCACCCCCUUAUCGUCAAGGAAACGGGCACGCCGCCAACUCAGCAGCUCAGAGGAGGAAGAGGUCGAGGAAGAGGAGAAACAGCAGAGUGAUGAGGAGGAGCAGCCAAAGAAGAAAAGCAAGCAGAAGGCCAAGAAAGCAAAAAGCAAGACUCCCAGGCGUCCUAAGGCCAGGCCAUCCAUCAACAGAGAGGUGUCCAAUGAGUUCCGACCCUCACCGUGGAUCACUGAUGUCACUCCCCGCAAAUCUCCUUUUGUUCCCCAAAUGGGUGAUGAAGUGAUCUAUUUCCGACAAGGCCAUGAGGCCUACGUGGAGGCUGUGAGCAGAAGUGAACUCUACCCUAUCAACCUUGACAAACAGCCCUGGAAAAAGUUGGAGCUGAGGGACCAAGAGUUUGUAAAGAUCACUGGUAUCAGAUAUGAAGUGUGCCCACCAACACUGUGCUGUCUGAAACUGACCCUUAUCGACCACGGUACUGGCAAGAUCACUGACAAGUCUUUUUCUGUCAAAUACCAUGACAUGCCAGACGUGAUAGAUUUCUUGGUGCUGAGGCAAAGUUACGAUGAAGCUCUGCGUAGAAACUGGCAACCAAAUGACAGGUUCCGUUCAGUGAUAGACGACGCAUGGUGGUUUGGGACCAUCGUCUGUCAGGAGCCUUACCAGCCAGAGUACCCCGACAGUCACUUCCAGUGCUUCAAAGUAAGAUGGGACAAUGGAGAAACUGAGAAGCUCAGUCCUUGGGAUGUGGAAGCUAUUCCAAAUGAUGCUCAGCAGCCAGAGAAAGAAGGAGGGGGCAUCCCAGUGACACCAGAUGAAAUGAGUGAGCUUAUGUACAAGCCCCUGCCAGGGGAGUGGGGGGAGAGGAGCAGAGACGAAGAAUGCGAACGUAUCAUUGCUGGCAUCGACCAACUUGUCACCGUUGAGAUUGCAGCUCCAUUCGCCGGCCCUGUAGACAUAGUCCAGUACCCAACCUACUGCACUGUGAUAGCCUACCCCACUGACCUGGCCACCAUCCAGCUCAGACUCCGUAACAGGUUCUACAGGCGCCUGUCAGCAUUGAUAUGGGAUGCCAGGUACAUCGCCCACAAUGCCCGCACAUUUAAUGAGCCAAGGAGUAAGAUCGCCCAUUCAGCAAAAAUUAUCACCAAUGUCCUCCAGAAGUUUGUUAAUGAUCCAAACUGCACAGUUAUCAUGGAGAUUUACAAUGCAGUAGAAGAAAUGGAUGAUGAAGACGAUGAGGAUGAUGAUGAGGCAGAGGCACCAGGCACCUCCUCCGCACACAGACUGCGUCAGCGCUCCGUAGAGGUGGUGCCAGACAGAGAUGCUUGGAAGGAGCAGUGCAGGAGACUGCUGAACUACAUCCUGGACUGUGAGGACUCAGAACCGUUCAGGCAUCCUGUGGAUCCAGAGAACUAUCCAGAUUACUUCGAUAUCAUUGACACUCCAAUGGACUUUGGCACUGUGCAGAGGACCCUUCAGGAUGACCACUACGAGAACCCUAUCGAGCUCUGCAAAGACACCCGGCUGAUAUUUGCCAAUGCUAAAGCCUAUACUCCCAACAAACGCUCCAAGAUUUACAGUAUGACCUUGCGACUGUCUGCCUUCUUUGAAGACCGAAUAAGAACAAUCAUAUCAGAGUACAAAAGCGCUGUUAAGAGCAGUGAUAGGCUCCGCCGUAGCCAGAGGUUCCGAAAGAAAAUGCAGCAGGUGGAGCCCCUGCCUCCCAACACCAACAACGCAACAAGGGCUGCUGUCAAAACUCAGGAAAAAGUUGAGUCCAUGUCGGUGACCAAAUCUACCUCAACCAAAGUGUGCACACCUGAGAGAGCCAAGAGGAGCAGAAGCAGCAUCUCAGGUCACACCUCCUCCGAGGACUCGUCAGGCUCCAAAGCUGCUUCAUCAACACCAGAGUCUGAGAGUGACAGUGAGGGUCCAUUGAGUGAGUCAGAGGAGGAGAAACAACCAGGAUCCUUAAGGCAGCAUCGAAGCAAAGAGCCCAGGAGGAAAGCAAGAGCAACAUGCUAUAAUGGGGCCAAGAAGAGCAAAAAAGUUGCCGAGAGUGACAGUGAAGAAGAGGAAGAUGAGUACUCCAGUGAGGGGGAAGACAGUGAAGAGGAGAGGUCAUCCCACUCCUCAUUUCGUCGUUACCCUAGCAGGGUGAAGGGCAGCAGGACUACCCGGUUGACUAGGAAUAGUGUUGCUACAGACAAGAAAAAAACGGAGGGUCAAGCUCAAAUGAACGGUCACAGCAGCAGGCCCUCUCGUAGGGAGACGCAUCGUUUUGGUAACUCUGACAGAUCUACAUCCCAGGGCUCUGAUGAAGAAGAGGAGGGGGACAAAAAAGAAAUUGUGGGUCGGAGGUUGCUGAAAAGAAAGACAGCCAGGGCAGCCUUCAACAAGAUAAAACAACUUGAGGCAUCUGAUGAUGAUUUUGAGGAAGAGGAGAGGCUGACGAGGAGCAGCAGCCGCCUCCGCCAUGCAACCCGGGCUGUCAAACGCACUGCAGUAAUCCAGAGCAGCUCAGACUCUGAAGAGGAGGAUUCAGCACAGACUUCUCAGAAAACACAGGCGUCAUCCAGUGAAUCCAAGGACAACGAGGACAGCAAUGAUAGUGAUGCCUCAUCAUCUUCCCAGCAUCAAGAGAAUGGAAACAAGAGCAGGAUGAGACAAGUUACUAGGACCAAGGAAAAAGAUGUCUCAUCCCAUGUGAAUGGACACAGAGCAAAACACCAUAAGUGUGACAGCAAGUUGGAGAGUGAGGAGGCAACAGAGAGGAGCACAGGUGAAGCAGAAGAGGAGACUAAAGCAGAUGAGAUGGUUUCUGGCUCUCAGAAAUCCUCCAAGAGCACAGCAACGGCAUCGGGCAAGAAAUGUAAGACUGCUUUCGGUGCAAGUGACGAGGAGGAAGAGGACAUUGUGUGUAAGACCACAAGGCACAACCGUUCUAUUAGUUCUGAUGAUGAGGACAAAGAGUACAAUUCCCAGAGACACCCACAUCAAAAUGGGAGAAAAGUGAAGCGGGAAAUUCACAAGAAGUCUCGGGAACUCAGAAAAGCUCCAUUAUCAAAAAGCCAAGAACAAGUGUCAGCUUCAGCUGACAGACUGGAGGGCACAGAAUCAGAAGAACUCAGCGACACUCCAAAAAGAUCUCGCUUGUGCAAGAAACGACUAAAAGUGGACUAUGAAGAAGAGGGCAAUUGCUCCAAUGAGGAAUCGGAGGAUAAAACGCAGAAACGAAGCUCAAGACAAAACAAGAGCAGAUCUAAACGCCAACGUGGCAGUCUCUCUGCUUCAGAGAGCUCUGAGAAGGAGUUUAAACCCAAGAGGUCACGGAGGAAACCCUCUACGGGCUCAUCGGAGGGGGAAUCUGGAGAUGAGUCGAGUGACGAAGCAUUGGAUAGACGACCAUGCCUCAGAGUCCUGCCAAAAAAGAAAUAUAUCAGUGAUGAUUCUCCUUCUGAGGAAGACUCUGAUUCCAAGAGUCUGAGUAAACGUAGGAACGGCAGGAGCAUCACAGCAGCUGCCUCUGGACAAGAUAUCCAUAGAUCUAAGCCCAGGGAAGCAUCUCCCACUGAAAGCAAGCAUCAGUCAUCUUCCAAGAGAAAACGCAUCAACACCUCAAAUUCUGAAGAUGGGGAGGAAGAGAAAGGGCGGGCGUCCAAGAUCAAUAAAGAGAUGAGGGCAAAGUCUGGCUGCUCUAAGAGGCCAAAAAGGGAAUCCCGCUGCAAGCUCAAACCAGAGGAGAGUAACAGUCAGAAGGAGGAUGCCUCGUCCCAGCCCUGUUCAGAUGAUGAGCUGAAGGAAAAUGUCGGCCGUUUAAAGGCAGAAAAGAAAAAACAAAAUCAACGACCAAAACGUAAACGAAAGGAAAGCUGCAGCAGUAGCAGCCACACUUCUGUCUCGGAAAGUGAGCAGUCUUCCUCUGCUUCUGAAAACUCAUUUGCCAGCUCAGGGUCCCACAGCAGUCCAAAGAGGAGAGGUCACCAAGGACGGUCCAGGAAUGGUAAGGGCACUGCAGCCCACCGCUUAAGGCCGCACCGCCGGCAGGCUGCCUCCGAGGUAGCAGACAGUGACGAGUCGUCAUAUGGUGGUCAACAGCGGAAAACUCGUGUGAACACCCGGAAUAGGGGUAAGCGGACAGUAAUAUAUCAUGAUAGUGAAUGAAGGACUUGACAGCUGGAACUACAGACUUAAGAGGAUAAGACUAAUGGGAGACAGUGAAGACACUUGAUGGCCACGUUAUGGUAGAAGCACUGGAGUCCUCUCAAGUGAAAAUGCUGUGAAUCUGUUUCAUUCAGGGAUAUUUAUAUUUUCUAUGAAAAAAAAAAACACGUUUAUAAAUGUAAUACGACUUUAAGCAUUUGAACUGCUGGUUUCACAAGGAUUCUAAGAAAGAUCCUCCUCCCAUAUUGCUUUUUGUGAUUUAGCCAGCAGGGUAAGCAUUCUUUGGAAUAUUGUCAGCUUGGGUGCUAUCAAAUAUACCUCCGUUUAAUCAACCAUAUUGCUGGCUUGCACUAAGACACACUGUAAUGAGGUAUUUCAUACACUAGUUUUGCAUUAGAAACUCAGGGGUUAACUAAGUUUACUGUAGUCUCAGACUUGCAGUCAAAUUUUGUAAAUUGGUGAGCUAGGGGAAUGACAAAAAACUAUAACAGGAUUGCUGAUGUCCAAGCACACUCACUGGGACAAAACUAAAUCCGUGUUCAGAAUCUUUUGACUACAGCACUCAUUUGAAAAUCCACACAACUUAUGCUUGACUAUAUUGAGAGUUGUUGAUAUGAGCCAAAAUGUACAAAUAUUAUUCCCCCCCCCACAUUUAUUUUUUUUUAAUACUUUUUGUUGUACUUUAGUCAAUGGAUGUAAAUAAUGUGAUUGAGAAUGGAAUCAUUUUGGUUUAUGAUGGCCAUUCAGUAGCAAAGUGUCUAAUUUUGACACAACUUUUUUUCUUCUUAAAACAUCUAGCUUCAUUGUCUCGCCAUAUGUCAUAAAUUGGUACCUUUUUGCCAAGUACAAUAAACCAAAAAGUACUUAUUGCAAAAUAUUGUGAUUUCUCAUAUUGGGAAGACAAUUUACUAUUCUGCGUUACCUAAUUUCAGUAUUAAAUUGUUUUUCUGACUAAACAUUUUGCAAGUCACACGGUUUAGUUUUGUGAUGUCUAGGAGAAGUUUCUCAGUACAGUUGCAUUAUGACAUUUUGCUUAAUGUUUUUCAUACUACACAUUUAAUAAACAGUUUUCACAGUAAAAACUAAAACUCAGACGUUGUGGAGUGAAAUGAAUGAGCAAUUCCACCUAUCAAUAAAGAUA